GCUGGCGCGCUUCAGGACGCGCGCUUCCCCGGCCCGGGCAGAUCGAGGCUGCCCCGUGCGCCAAGCGACAGGCCCCAUGGACAUGGAGCAUGCUGUCCAACUCUUCCUGUUCCUCCUGACCGUGGCCAAGCACUCUGCUCAGAUUGAGGACAACAAGAUCCCCAGCCUCUGUGCUGGGCAGCCAGGAAUCCCAGGGACCCCCGGGAUCCAUGGAAGCCAAGGCCUGCCAGGCAGGGACGGCCGGGAUGGCCGGGACGGAGCUGCUGGGAUGCAGGGCGAAAAGGGCGAAACUGGACAACCAGGACCAGCAGGACCAAGAGGGGAAAGAGGCAGCCCCGGGACCAAUGGCUUUCCAGGGGAGAAGGGGGCGCAGGGGGAGUGCGCGGUAGCCCCACGCUCGGCCUUCAGCGCCAAGCGCUCCGAGUCGCGCAGCCCGCCCCCAGCGGACCAGCCCAUCGUCUUCGACGUCGUCUUGAUCAACGAGCAAGGCCAUUACGAUGGGAACACGGGCAAGUUCCUUUGCGAGGUCCCGGGGCUGUACUACUUCGCCGUCCACGCCACCGUGUACCGCAUGAGCCUCCAGUUCGACAUCAUGAAAAACGGCAAGUCGAUGGCCUCCUUCUUUCAGUUCUACGGCAACUGGGCCAAGCCCACCUCACUGUCCGGGGGCGCCCUGGUGCGGCUGGAGCCGGAGGACGAGGUCUGGGUGCAAGUCGGCGUGGGGGACUACACCGGCUUCUACUCGAGUGUAAAGACAGACAGCACCUUCACCGGGUUCCUGGUGUAUUCCUACUGGCAGAAUUCUCCUGUCUUUGCAUGAGCGAUGGGGAACCCGCUUCCCCACCACGCAGCUAGCAAAGAACUCCCGGGUCCUCGCUCUGUCAUCACUGGAGAAAACGUGCUUUCUUAACCCAAAGGGCAGGAGGCUCCUUUAGCUGAUGCCCAUGCCAGGGCCCCCGGCCCCUUCCACUGUCUCCAGCCAGCCCCGACCCAAGGUGGCGAGGAGAGGCAAGGUGAUGGGGAAGCCAGCCCAGGACACGCGCGUGUUGCUGUCUCACCCGGACAAACAGAGAAUAGCGCCCUUUCCAGCUGACCUUGGAAGCAGGCGGAGUAGAAAGAGCUAGGCUGCUUCUCCACCUCUUCCACUCCCAGCUGAAGGCCAGGGAAGCCCAAACUGCACAGAGGACAGAGUACUGAGCUCAGCGAGCCGAACCUGCCUCAUGGGGUAGUUCUGGGCAAAACAAAAGAACGGAAAAACAUUUUGCACGUGAAAGGUGUCACCAUGUUUUCCUGGCCUCGAUGGGAGUUGUAGGAGAGGGUGCCUUCAAGCGUGAUCCUUUCCAUCAGGGAACACGGGCACAGAAGCCUCGCCGUGGCUCCCACAGCCAUGGACAGUGGAGCUCCCUGCAGCCCUUGCCGUGUCCCAAUCAUGCAGAGUUUAUUCUAAGUGCUGUUUUCAGCCACGUAAGAAUCUGGGGCACCACCCCAUCCCCAUUGUGUGAGCACCUCCCAGAUUUUUUUUCUGUGCAAUGCAACAUAAAGAUUAUAUGCCAUGUUGCCAGCUGCAUAAAAAUUUCAAUUUCUGAUGCACUUUUUUUAAACAACUGCAAAAAAAAUGUGCCCCUUAGAAUAAACCCCGUGAUAAUGUCACAGCCACCACAACUCAUGCUGUCUUCCAGCCUGAUAUUUCUUGCCAGCCAAAAAGAAUGGGGGACUGGUUCUCCCUCCUUUUUCGCUUGCUUGCUUCCUUGCUCCCUUUGGAAUGAACGUACGAAUCCCUGCCACAAAGAUGUACUGACAGAUGCCCUCUCCUGGCCUGCAGCUCUGGGUAGGAUAAAAUUUGCAGUUCUCUAGGCACAGCUGACUGGACAACGGAGCAGGCUGACUCUGCUUGCUGCCCGUCUUGGAGAAUAUAAUUGCCCACAAAUACACAGUCACGGCCAAGGCUGUUGGAGCCAUUUAGGCGCAGAAUGCUAGCUGAUGGGGAUGCAUGAUUUAACCACUAGGGGGCUCCCUGAGUCCAGAGUUAAACGUUUGCUGGUCAGACCUUAACCCACAAGUGGAUUUUGUGUGCAUCCCUUUUUUCCUAGGUAGCAACUCGUGUUUGGUUGUGCUUUCUCUGUGCAAUGGUUUUUCACGUAUUCUUUGUCCAUUACUUACUCCCUUGUCUAAACAUAUCCUAAACAUAAUGAAAAA